GUUUGUUGCACCUGGCCUUCUGACGGCCUUCCGCUCGCCUCAAUACUACAUCGCAAAGUAACUUAUCGGAGCAACACACAUGAUGCCGCGUGUCGUAUCGAAAUUCAGGGAAAGGAAACACUCAACGGUGGCAGCAGGAGCGCAAGUAAAACAGAAAAAAUCAAAGAACAAAAAAAAAAUCAACAAAUUGCCUGAUUCUAGUCAUAGAAGGAAGAACAUAACAGAUGGAUUGUUUUAAAUUAUUUAUUUCAUACUCUGUAUUUUCACAUCAUUUGGUUCAGCAUAUAUAUCGACUAUUUGUGUUAUUUAUUACGUCUAUCUGGUGAACGUAUUUCUCAAAUCCUGUUAAAUCGCGAUUGCUUUCUCUUCGCACAACUUUCUCCUACAUGCAUUACGUUACGACAUUGGCAGUGGAUCGUAUUAUUUAUUUGUUGAAUAAGAUGAGUUUAAUGAUAUAUGUUUCCUGCAGGGUAAAAUUUGGAAACAUCCUAUAACGAAGUGCGUUUUCGGAUGGAUUUGCAAUGGAAGUAGGAUGAAAGUUUGGAAUGUUUUCUGAUUAGCAAAUAGCACACUUUAAAACUAAACGCUGUAAAGUAAAAACAAAAAAAGAUACAAUCAUAGCGAACGUAGCAUAAUACUUAUCCUUACAUACAACGGUUUUGAACAAUUAAAAAAAAGACAGCUAACAAAAACACGCAACUAGAGGAAUAGAGGUGAUUGAGUAGAAACAAAUGGCGUUCGAGAAUCCAUUUAAUUGUUAUAAAUAGUUAACUAGGCACGUAAUUAAUGAGUAAUAAACAACGACAAAAGUGGUAUGAAACUGGGGGAGCGAAAGAGAGGGAACGAAUCCUUCCCCGCCAUCUAGAUCUAUGGAUAGGAAAAACACUUAGGAUAGACGAAAGCUUCGGUCAACGAUUUCCAUGCGCAAUGCUACAAGCUGAUCUGAUAUCUAAUUUCAUUCAACGGGUGCAAUUGGAAUGAGAAUCGAUGAAUUGUGGGCCUGCUUGAGAGCGGGUAUGUGUGUAAGUGUGUGUGUGUGUGUUCUUUUUUUUUUGGUAGCUGCGGCCCCCAGAAUAAGAGCAACAAAUGAAAAACCGCUGAAAGUGAUAUUUUGAAUGCGUAUUUGCCAUUAGACUGAGGAGGAGGAGAGCUGCAUUGCGGAUUAUGGGUGACUGACAUGUACUCCGGUACGUCUUCGGUUGGUUCAGAGAGUAGCGGUCACAACAUCCUUUGCAACGACCCGUACACGAAUGGGAUUAGGAUUGCUGUUUACCACGACACUGUCUAGAGUAGUGGAAUGCAAUGUUCUCUAUUUCCAUAUGUGUAAUCUUCUAGACUCGAAUACUAGGGAUCAGCAGUAAUUAAACAUAUUUGCCACCGCUACCUAUAUUUAUACAUAAUAAAUAUAUAUAUAUAUAUAUAUAUACAUACGCUAUAUAUAUCUUCGCUUCUUACGAAUCCGUUCUUGUCGCUUGUCAACUCGUGGAAAGGAUAUACGAUACCAUUUUCCAAAACUGGUCGCCUAUUAGCAGCAAACUUACUUCGUUAAAAAGAGAUAUCGCGUUGACUGUGUUUUGUGUUCGUUGUUCUUCAAAAGUGUAUAGGAUAUAUUCUUUGUACAUAAACAACGAGGGGGUUGUAGUAGUUGGGUGAGUCGAUUCAUUUGAAUCCGAUAUGCUUUCUUUUGAAGCGGUCGUGGAAAGGGGUGGUGGGUGGGAAAUGCAUGCAGAAAACCCGUGUUCAUACUAAGACACACAGCAUUAACGGCAUGGUUGUUCUGUGUGAAAGUUACGAUCAUUAGAUCGACAUUAUUCAGGCGAAAUAGAAAGCGCUUAGCUUGUGCAACUCGAUCGACCAGAAAUGCUAUACAGCGAACAAGAUAAGGAAUCUUUCACUUGCAAGAAUGUGUAACUUAUGUUUUGCACUGUGUCACAGGUCAUGUCUAGUUAAGUUUCGCAGGUUUGGCGGAUUGAAAACCCAUUUCGGAGGAAUGGUGUGUACAUAGCUAGAAAAUAAAAAGCAAACAAAGAAGAUUGGAAGGAGCAGUAUAAAUUAAAAUGACAAAUUUAGAACUUUGAAACAAUUGAGCAGCAG